UUGGUACACCUCAAAGCCACGGUUGUUGUCAGUUCUUGCUGUUUGGCUUGAAUCGGGAAGCAAAAGAACUACUGCCACGUAAAUUUUCUGAUUGGCUGGAAAAAUUGGCUACAGCCUCUGUUGGGAUGUAUAAAUAGAAAGCAAAGUAUUUUAGACCUUUCAGUGUGAAAACAGAGCUCCCAAGGCACAUGAAAAUGCAUCGAGUCACAGCAGUCAUUUUUGCGAUUGCAAUCUGCAGUGCUGCUGCAGCACAAUGGGCAAAUAUCUGCUCAGGUCAACCUGCAAACAAAAUCAGAGGCUGCGACUCCAAGGGCUGCGGUAGAUACAACGACCCCAGAGGCAAGGGGCAACACAGAGGGGUGGAUGUGGUGUGCAAGGAUGGGUCCACAGUCUACGCACCGUUCACGGGGCAGAUCGACAGACAAGCCAGACCGUACGGCAAUGGCAAUGCCAUCGAUGAUGGAGUUCAGCUUUCUGGAUCAGGAUUCUGCGUUAAGAUGUUCUACAUCAAACCGGUCAAGCACAGCGGCCCCAUCAGGAAGGGCGAGAAAAUCGGUGUCCUGCUGCCCAUGCAAAAAGUGUACCAAGGCAUCACCUCCCACGUCCACAUCCAGAACUGCGACCUAACCGACCCGACUCCUAACUUGUAAAGGGAAGACCGUGCACCAGUUAUGAGGCUUUUAGCCCAUCGCUUGCAUAUUCAUUAAACUGCCUGCACGUAGAUAGCCGCUUGAGUAAAGUGGAAGCCACUUAACCUUGAACGGGGGCUCUGCUCUCUGAAAAGAAAGCAACGUACCCUUGAACAAAAUGCUGGUGGUUAGCUGAACACAAAGGGGCUCAGAGCGAGAUGCAACACAUGCGUUAAAGCUGUUGCAGCAUCCUGCAGCCCGCUGCGGUAGUAGCCAAAGGAACGCUGAAGCAACCGUGAAGGGAAGAGCGUGUGCUCAGCAGAAGGAGGCGCUCCCGAAGCCCACCAGCAAUGCAGUAACCCGUGCUGUAACACACAGUCUAGCGCUUCUCUGCUCUCUUUGCAGCCAUGUACCAAGAUUUCCUCAGUAAGCCCAAAAAACCUUCACUUUGCUUAUGUGUGGGCAGUGAUGUUAUUAAAGGACUGUUUCACUCCGAA